GAGAGGGAGGCCAAGAAAAAAGUUUGGAGACAGGGUUGACAUUCAAAAUGCACACUUCACUCAAGAUCACUCUGGUAUACCAAACUAAUACUUCAACCCAGUAAAUAUUACCCGGAAGGAGAGGGGGUUUGCUGACGUCUUUUUGCUGCUUCCAUAUGACAGGUUAAUAGCUUUUCUUUUUGAGUUCUUGGCAAUGUUUCCCAGUCCCAGCACAUCCACUCCCUUCUCUGUAAAGGAUAUAUUAAACUUGGAGCAGAGUCAUGACGUUAUGGUGUCUUCCUUGGACGUUUCUUCACGUAUGGACUGCUGCAGCACCGUGCCGAUCUCCUCCUCCUCAUCCUCCUCCUCCUCUUCUUCUUGCAUGCUGGCCCGCCUGAAGCAGGAGCCUCUCCGGGACAUGUCGUCCGCCGCCGCCUCGCUGUUUGGAGAAGACCUCCACGAGUCCAGAGCGGGCAGAGGCAACGCGCUCAGCUUUGCUACCACCUUUUAUGGGAAAUCCUUCUUAGAGAUGGAUAUAAUUAAGGAUGGGAAAUCAGACGCGUUUGUGGGGAAACGCAGAAAAGAGGAGUUCAGUCCGCCUGUCGAGCCUGUGGAGGAUAUAAAAACCGAGGAUCCGGAUCGACCCAAGCCCCGGAGACGCAGGAAGCCGCGGGUCCUCUUCUCCCAGGCGCAGGUGUACGAGCUGGAGCGCCGCUUUAAGCAGCAGAGGUACCUGUCCGCCCCGGAGAGAGACCACCUGGCCGGGGUGCUCAAACUCACGCCGACCCAGGUGAAGAUCUGGUUCCAAAACAGGAGGUACAAGUGCAAGCGGCAGAGGCAGGACCAGAGCCUGGAGAUGGUGUCUCUGCCGCCGCCCAGAAGGGUGUCGGUGCCGGUGCUGGUGCGGGAUGGGAAGCCCUGCCUGGCGGCAGACACUGCCACCUACAACCCCUCCUACGGCGUGGGUCACAUCAACCAUUUCACUUAUAACAACUAUCCAGCUUUCAGUAACUACACCAGCCCCAGCUGCAACACAAACUAUGCGUGUAACUAUCCUGCAGCCACAAUGCAAACUAUGCAAGGAUCCUCCAACAACGGGAAUUACAUGAACUUUGGGGUAGGAGACCUGAAUAAUGUGCAGAACACAUUCUCCUCCAGUAAUGGGGUCUCCUCAUUACAUAGCAUUAGGACAUGGUGAAGCAGGGACAAUAUAUCAAAUACUCGUGUUACCAACUCCAUAUAACGGGAUUAUUUUCCGACUGCAUGCAUUUUAAACGUGUCAGGAUAUUGCAGAGUUUCUGUAACUUCUCUUAUAUUUGAUGACUUACUUUUGGUAGUUUUUUUGUUUUCAGCACCAGCUUUUCUCUGAAGAGCUACAUUUUCAUUUAUUUUCGUGACAUUAGAGCACAGACAUGUAAUUUGAGCGAAUAUUAAAAAAAAAAACACAUGCACAAGGUGCAACUACACAGUUCUUGAAAUGUUUUGAUUUAAAUUUAAAGUUUAAAUUUGCAACCAUUUUCUAUUUUAUUUUCUUCAGUUUUAUUUUCUUAAAAAGAUACGACAGUAACUUUUUCUCAGCGGUGGACGACGUAAAAUACAAUAUCAAUGUAGGCUAUGGAAAAUGAUUAAUUCAAUACAGGCCAUUAUUAUAAUUAAUAUUAUUGUUAUUAUUUCUGCCUUGCAAAUAUUUAAUUCUUAUUAUGUGAAAUUGAAACUGGCUCUGGCAGUUAAUACCUUAAUCAUUAAAAAACACACUCAGAGAAAACAAAGACAUUAGAAAACCAUUAAGCAUAUGUAUGUAGCCUAAUAGUGAUCUAUAGUUAUGAGGAUACAUACUCCAUGCAGCUGGGUCUCCUAAUAAGUGACAUAAAGGAGUUUAACAUCUGUACAACCUUGAUAUGGUUUGUGUCUGGUUAAAAUGUUCAAGUGGCUGUUAGGAAGCUUCCAUCAAUAUGCUCAAAUAGGGUUAAAAGGUUGUUAAAGUUUAGACUUUUUACAACCUGCUGUCAGACACAUGUACACACGUGUUUUAAAGUUUCAGGGACUGAGGUGGCUCUGAGCCAUGACCUUGACUUGUACUAAAUGUUUAAAAUCAGGUUCUAAUAAGGAAAUGCUGUUAAUAAUUCUAUUGUAUUUCUAAAAAAAAAAUCUCAUUUACAUGAAUUGAAAUGUGUGUAAAAGUAAUUUCAACACAGAUUUAAUCUGUCAAAAGCCACCGUGAAAGUCACCAGCCUUCUCUCUGUACUUGUAAAUAUCAGGACAUUUGAGAUGUUACCUGAUCAAAGAUAUUUAUCUAUUUUU